CUCUUGUGUUGGAAGGACUGGACUUGGGAUCUUGUACAAGCAAAUGGACAGUGGAUUACCUGAGCCAAGCUGGGGGGGCGAAAGAAGUGAAGGUUCACGUUGCUGCGGUCGCACAGAUGGACUUCAUUAAACAUUACCAUUUAACAAGCUGGUCCAGAGAGCAGCCGAAGAAACGCAUAAAGAAUUCUUUAUUUCAGAGGAUGAGAAAUACUACUUACGGUCGCUUGGAGAAGACCCGAGGAAGAUGGUAGUUCAGCUAAUAAAAUACUUACCUAAAAUUACUGAAGACUUAUUAGAUGAGCCUUUAUGUGUAUUCAGAGCCAAAUGAAUAAGGCUAGACUGGAUACGAAUUAUAUGAAUCUUGCUGUGUUGGAUGUUGCAGAUAUCAGACAGCAGUUUCCAUCAUUAGGAGGAGAUAUUAAGUUUCCAAUAUUCUUUGAAGAGGAGCAGUUCUUUUCCAGUGUUUUUCGAAUUAGUUCACCUGGAUUGCAACUCUGGACUCACUAUGAUGUAAUGGAUAACUUUUUAAUACAAGUAACCGGAAAGAAGCGAGUUACACUGUUCAGUCCUCGAGAUGCACACUAUUUGUAUCUAUCAGGUUCUAAAUCGGAAGUGCUGAAUAUUGACAGCCCAGACCUGGAUAAAUACCCACUCUUUGCUAAGGCGAGGAGGUAUGAGUGUUUCCUUGAGGCUGGUGAUGCUCUGUUCAUUCCUGCUUUAUGGUUCCAUAAUGUAAUUUCUGAAGAGUUUGGCGUGGGUGUGAACGUCUUCUGGAAGCACCUUCCGUCGGAAUGCUAUGACAAAACAGAUACCUACGGCAACAAAGACCCUGUAGCAGCAUCCAGAGCUGUGCAGAUCUUGGACAGAGCUUUGAAAACACUGGCUGAACUACCAGAGGAAUACAGGGACUUCUAUGCACGCCAAAUGGUCUUACGUAUUCAGGACAAAGCCUACAGCAAGAACUUUGAGUAAAAAAAUGAACUAAAUGUAGUAAAAAUUUAAAAAUAAAAAUCAGCUUAAGUAUUUGAAAACUAUAACAAGAUAUAAACAUUUAAAGAUGUUUUUUAAAAAUAGGAUAAAUCAGUCUCAGAUUUAUUGUAUAAAAGGAGAUACAUAUCUGAUUUCUACUUGGUACAGAUUGAGAAUGCUUAGUAGACCCAUUCUUUAGCUCUAAGAUGUAAAUAACUAAAAUUCUGACAAUAAGAAUAUGUAUUGAAUCACACUACAUAAAGUCUACUGAUGGAAUGACC